AAGCUGUCCCGGAGCCUGUUGGUCCUGGCCUUUACGCUGCGCUACCGUUUCCCGGAUGGUAGCAGCUGGAGUAGAUUGUGGUUGGGGUGACCCUUCGGGCCCUUCUUUCGCUCCUGUCUCUGUAAACGUCCUGAAUCAUGGGAGGUUCACAAUUACAGAUGCGCCGGGCUGCCCGCACCACUCUCUGCAGAGUCCUCGAUUGAGGGAGGUUCAGUUCCCGUACCAGGCAGUGAUCCAGCCAGUCAGUUGUGGCCCUGUCGAGUCCAUACCAAACUUCCUCAACUGUCUGAGCUGCCUUUUUCACCACACAGCCGGUGUGUACAGACCACGCGAGGUCCUCAGCCCCAGAUCCACUGAUGUCAAUGGGGGAGAGCCUGUUUCCAUUCCUCCCGCAGUCCACAACCAGCUCCUUCGUUUCUGCGACAUCGAGGGACAGGCCACCUCCUUAUCGUUCUCCCCAUAGUCCGCACUCCAAAAAUUAUUAUCUUACGUAGGUUAGUGAGGGAGUCGAAUUGAGCAGCAGGCCGCAGAGUCCGCGCUGUUACCAUGGAGACGCGGCUGAACAAACUUUAUUGUUCCUGUUCGCCGCGCGGGGCAGGUCGGGACAAGAUGGCGGUGCGGGAAACGGCGAGGAGCGGAGGCAAUGUGAGGAAGCGGUACUGGGAGGCCGAGGGGGAUGCAGGAACACAGGUCUCCCCCGCCAAGAGAGUCCGAGGAAAAGCAGCUGCCAACAACAAGCCACACAAACCCUGGAGAAGACCAGCCCACGGCCCGUCAGCUAUGUCAGGAACACAGGUCUCCCCCGCCAAGAGAGUCCGAGGAAAAGCAGCUGCCAACAACAAGCCACACAAACCCUGGAGAAGACCAGCCCACGGCCCGUCAGCUAUGUCAGGGCGGAAGGACCCUUUCCCAGGGCCAGCUCCCCUCCCUGAUGAAGCACUGGAGAAGUACAAGCGAGGAAAAGACGUCCAAAUGGGCGAACUGGCUGCCGGGAGGGCGAAAGGAGACCUCCAGAGUCUGCACAAGAAGUCCAAGUACGCUCAGAGACUGGCAGCACGCUUUGACCAGCUGCUGCCCGCCGAAGCAGGUUUCCUGGAGGCCGAUGAGGGAGAGGACACAUGCUUGAUCCGACAAGAGGAUAUCGCAGGUGCCGUGGAUAUCGCAAGCAGCUCAAAGCACUUCAAUCUCGACCUCACACAGUUUGGACCAUACAGAAUAAACUACACACGGAAUGGCAGGCACCUCGUGCUGGCUGGGCGCAGAGGACACGUGGCCGCGAUGGAUUGGCACAGCAAGCGGCUGCUGUGUGAGAUAAAUGUCAUGGAGCGUGUCAACGACAUCCGGUGGCUGCACACAGAGACGAUGUAUGCGGUGGCCCAGAAGAAGUGGCUGUACAUUUACGAUAACCAGGGUGUGGAGCUGCACUGUGUGAAGAAGUUCAACGACGUGCUGAGGAUGGAAUUUCUGCCCUAUCACUUCCUGCUGGCCACCUGUAGUGCCCGUGGGUUCCUGCAGUAUCUGGACAUUUCGGUGGGGAAGGAAGUGGUGGCUACCUGUACCAAGGCCGGACGGUUGGACGUUAUGGCUCAGAACCCUCACAACGCUAUCAUCCAUCUGGGACACCCGCAGGGUACAGUGACGCUGUGGAGCCCGAGUGUGAAGGAGCCGCUGGUGAAGGUGCUGUGUCACCGAGGCGCUGUGCGAGCCAUCGCUGUCGACAAGACUGGCACGUACAUGGCCACUUCGGGGCUGGACCAAAAGCUCAACAUCUUCGACCUCCGCACCUACCAAGCACUUCACUCGUACCUGCUGCCGACAGGGGCCAGUCACCUCACCUUCAGUCAGCGCAGCCUGCUGGGCCUUGCCUGCGGCAACACCGUGCACGUUUACAAAGACAUUCAGAACGUGGCCGUGCGGAGCCCCUACCUGAGCCACUCGGUCCGGCAGGCAGUGCACGGGCUGCAGUUCUGCCCCUACGAGGACGUGCUGGGCGUGGGCCACGGGCUCGGUUUCACCAGUGUGUUGGUACCAGGUGCCGGGGAGGCAAACUUCGACGGGCUGGAGUGUAACCCCUACCAGAGCAAGAAGCAGCGGCAGGAGUGGGAGGUGAAGGCCCUGCUUGAGAAGAUCCAACCGGAACUGAUCACCCUCGACCCCACGAAACUGGGGCAGGUCGAUGCUGUCUCCCUGGAGCAGAAACACCAGGACCGGGUGGAGCGGCUGGGCUUCGACCCAACGGAGAAAGUGAAGUUCGAGCCACGCCGGAGAGCAAAGGGCCGGAGUUCCAGCGGGCACGUGGAGCGAAGGAAGAAACUGGUGGCCCAGAGCCAGCAGCGGGAAGUGAUCCGGGAGAGCGUGGAACAGAAACAGAAGGCCCAGAGGGAUCGACAAGCGAGCGCUCGGAGAGAAUCUCGCCCGACUACAGCUCUGGACCGCUUCCGGAAAUAACCCCCUUGGAGAGCUCCCAGUGGAGCUGAGUGGGAUCUCCCCCGGGCGCAGCUGAUGGACUCAUUCCCACAGUCGCAGUGGCAUUGGUCAGCAAUAAACUUUUCUGUAAGGAAUGUUAGUUGUCUGACGUAUCAAACUGUGACAGGAGAUAUUCUGGAUUGAGUGGCGUGUAAUAAACUGGAUUUGAUUUUGGA